GCAAUGGAUCCCAAAUAUCAGCGUGUGGCACUAAAUGAUGGUCACUUCAUUCCUGCGCUGGGAUUUGGCACUUUUGCACCUGAUGAGGUUCCAAAAAGUGAAGCUGGGGUGGCCACCAAAAUAGCUAUUGAUGUGGGGUUCCGCCACAUUGAUGCUGCUCACGUUUAUCAAAAUGAACCUGAAAUAGGUCAGGCCAUCCGCAGCAAGAUUGCAGAUGGCACUGUGAAGAGAGAAGACAUAUUCUACACUUCAAAGCUUUGGUGCACUUUCCUUCAACCAGAAUUGGUCCGGAAAGCCUUGGAACAGUCACUGAAAAGACUUCAACUGGACUAUGUUGACCUGUACCUUAUUCAUUAUCCAGUAGGUUUGAAGCCUGGAGAAGAACUGUUCCCAAUAGAUGAACAUGGGAAAGCAAAAUUUGAAUCAGUGGAUAUCUGUGCCACUUGGGAAAUGAUGGAAAAGUGCAAAGAUGCAGGACUGGCCAAGUCCAUCGGGGUAUCCAACUUCAACCGCAGGCAGUUGGAGAUGAUUCUGAACAAGCCAGGCCUCAAGUACAAGCCUGUGUGCAACCAGGUUGAAUGCCAUCCCUAUCUCAACCAGAGCAAACUACUGGAUUUCUGCAAGUCCAAGGACAUUAUUCUGGUUGCCUAUGCUGCUUUGGGAUCAAGUCGAGAUCCAAAAUGGGUGCACAAGAAUACUCCAAUCCUCUUGGAAGAUCCAGUGGUUUGUGCCUUGGCCAAAAAGCACAAGAGAAGUCCAGCCCAGAUUGUCCUUCGCUACCAGCUGCAGCGUGGGGUUGUGGUCCUUGCCAAGAGCUUCAUUGAGAGGGAGAUCAAAGAGAAUAUUCAGAUAUUUGGAUUCCAGUUGUCUUCAGAGGACAUGAAAACAUUAGACGGCCUAGACAGAAAUCUUCGAUAUUAUUCUGCUGAUUUGUUUCUUGGACACCCAAAUUUUCCAUUUGCUGAUGAAUAUUAA